AUGGCCGAGAAGACUUUUAAUAUUCCAUACCGCAGUAAACUAACCGAGAGGAUCGAACCGGGUCAGACGCUUAUCAUCCGCGGCAGGACCAGCGAAGAGGCCAAGAGGUUCAAUAUCAAUCUUCACAAAGAUAGUCCGGACUUCAGUGGUAACGACGUGCCAUUGCACGUGAGUGUGCGAUUCGAUGAAGGAAAAGUGAGUGUGUUUCUCGCCGGGUUGUUUCAUUUGUUUCGCGUCCGGCUGUUGAGUUGGGGGUUGUGA